GCCACCCCACUUCCUCUUCCCAACCCUCUUCAACAUGAUGCUCGCCCCGAUCGUGACCAAGGCCGACAAGGUCGACCCGCGCCUCCCCACCCAGGUCCUCCCGCUCAACUACCCGCCGUUCCCGCCGCAGGCCUACGAGGCCGCCGAGGCCGUUGACGCCGAGGACAACGACGCCAAGGCCAAGAAGUCGUCCAAGAAGUCGUCCAAGAAGUCCAAGAAGUCGUCCAAGAAGUCGUCGACCGCCGCCGCUGCCGCCCCGUCGCCCUACGGCUAUGGUGCGUACCCUGGCUACGGCACCUACGGAGGCUAUGGCUCGUUUGCCGGCUUUGACCAGCAGAACCAGCAGCCGCAGCAGUACGGCUCGUUCUACCCCGCCCAGCCCUUUGCCGCCCCGCAGCAGCAGCCGUUUGCCACCGGCUCGGGCUACUUCCCGCAGCAGCAGCAGCAGCAGCCGCAGCAGUUUGGCUACGGCUCGGGCUACUUCCCGCAGCAGCAGCAGUUUGGCUACGGCUCGGGCUUCUUCCCGCAGCAGCAGCAGCAGCAGUUUGGCUUUGGCUACGGCUACGGCUACCCUGCCGCUGUCCAGCAGCCGCAGCAGCAGGAGCAGCAGCAGGAGUAAGCGAUCGUCCGACCGAUCAUCCAGCCGAUCGUCCAAACGAUCGUCCAAGCCAUCGUCCAAGCUCACAAUCAAGUCGACAAGUUGGUCGAUGAGUACGAUGACCCCAACGAGUAACCCGACGAGUAACCCGACGAGUAUCCCGAUGAGAAACCCGACGAGUAAUCCGACGAGUAUCCCGAUAUCUCGGCCAUCCUUCUCAUCUCCCUCCCUCCCGACUCUAGUGUCCAAUGAACGCAAGCCAAUCUUG